AUGGAGUUCCGCCUUCUCUUCGCCCUGCUGCUGGUUUCAACGGCUACGGGGCUCUUCGUCCGUUUAAAGUGGAAAGACUUCUUGCAGCAGCAGCAACAACAACAACAUCAACAACAACUGCCGUCGCUCUCGUCCUCGUCCCCCCACUGCCUGAGCCUGGAGGACGGGUGGCGACUGGCGGCUGAGUUCCAGGCCUUGAUCCGUAAUUACUCGGCCGCCGCGGCCGACGAACUCGUGGCUCCCGACGUGGUGGCCCACUGCGACGGCAUGAACGCACUGGCGGGCAAGCCGCUGGGCGCGCCGACGUACCGCAACCGAGACGAGCUCAAGGCAGCGCUGGAGCGGCAGAGCGGGCGCCCGACGCCCGUCUCUCUGAGGACCGUCGACGUUGUGACGUGCGACACGGUUGUGCUCAAGUGGACGGCCGCCUUUGGCGAGGCGAGGCUGCCUGUCAGGGGCAUCCAGAUCCUGACCGUCGAGAGGGGCGGUCCUGUGGGAGGCUGGGCCAUCAAGACCAUCGACACCGAGUUCAACAGUCUUGCGUACCUCGUCAACCUCGGCGGUACGUACAACAUGCCGACCGAUCGAGUCGGCUUCCAACCCUAG